UGGACUCUUUUGCGCACUUAAUUUUUUAGUUAAUGAAAAAAUUAAAAAAAAAAAAAAAAUCAAUGACUGAGUUUGAGUUGCAAACUUGCAAACCAGAGUCGAAUUUUGAUCGUCUUGCAGUGGAUACUGGUUAAGGGCUUCACCUUCACGGGAUCGGUUGCGGCAAGCGAGAGACACGACUCGAAAGCAAUGUCCGGCCGAUUUUGCGCACAUGCUUUAACGUCGAAAGAGGAGCUCACGAGAAGAGAACUUGCUCCAGUUCUUUAACUAGUUCCCGACCCGUAUGGCUGUCUCCCUCAGACCAUAUCGUUGACUUUCUAUUACCCUUGAUCUGUCAUUUUUCACCUUGCUCUGUUUUGGGGGGCUCUGAAGUUUCAAGAUCAGAUAAGAAGACCGGCGUUAGUGUUAUUCAAUAUGUUUGAAAAUAAGGAUGUGUUUCCUGGAUUUGUGCUCUGGAUUAAUCAGACUAUUCAAGAGCCUCUCAAGGCUGAGUUCAAGAGGUUAAGGAAUAUCAAAGAGCAAAGCUUGGUCAAGAGUCUUAACAAGAUAGAGGCAGAGACUACUUAUGAUAAGCACAGAGAUGAGGAGAAGUUAGAAAGGCAAUUACAAUCUUGGAGAAAUAAUCCUUCAUGGAUUGAUCAACCUCCUAAGGUUCAGGUGAAAACACAAAACGGUUCGUUUUGCCAUUUGAAUGUAUAUUUUAACGUGGGAUUGCCUCCUGAAUCAGUCUACAACAUUUUUACUCAUCCAGACAACAAACGAUACUUCAAGAACAUCAAGGAAUGCAUAUCAAGAAAAGUUUUGAUGGAGGAAGGACCAAUGCAGACAGUGGAGGUGAAGCAAGCCGCGGCUUGGAAGUUUCUUUGGUGGGCUGGUACUUUCCCUGUACAUCUAAUUGUCCAAGAAAAUCGAAAAAAUCUCACCUCAAAAUAUAAGCAAGAGAAAACAAUGUUCAUGAAAGUGUUUGAGGGUUGUUGGAGAGUAGAGCCAUUGUUUAUAGAUGAACAUUUGUGUGACCGCAUGAAACCAAAAACUCUACAAGAUUACGAUAGUUGUAGCAAUGGACGAGGAAGGGUAGGGUCGAAGGUGACAAUGGAUCAGAUGUUUCAGCCUUCUGCUAUACUUACUCCACCUCCACUUUCUUGGUACAUUCGCGGGAUCACCAUUAAAACCACAGAGAGUAUGAUUGAAGAUCUCCUCGCUGAAGCUGCUAGGCUCCGAGGAGGAGGAGGAGGAGGCCAUGAUGAUGAUGGUCAAGGAGAAAACGGCGUUGUAUUGGAGAAGAGCAAAGAUGAGCACAUAAAGGAGAGAUGGAGAUCACGUAGGAGAAGUAACGGGAUGAGAUAUACGAAUCGGAGAAUGAUGUAAUUAAUGUAAUUAUAAUUAAUGUAAUUGUAACCCUAAAAUAUCUGACUACCUAUUGUUGAUUCAAGCAGUGCCAAUUCAUGGCACAACCGGAUAAAACCUUUUUUUUUAAAGAAAAAAGUUUAAAGAGUUUAUACAUAAA